UUCAAAUGUCACCCUUUUUUCCUUGGCACUUCUUAACAAUCAUUCAUCUCUGAACAUCCACUGUUUAGAUUUUAGAUCAUGAGUUGUUCUUACAAGAAUAUUCACAAAGUAGUCUCAAACGGCGUCGUCGGAGGCAAAACCGCCAGAGCAUGCGACAACUGCGUGAAGAAGCGCGCGCGUUGGUACUGCGCCGCCGACGACGCGUUUCUAUGCCAAGCCUGCGACCUCUCCGUCCACUCGGCCAACUCCUUGGCUCGCAGGCACGAGAGGGUUCGCUUGAAAACUGCGUCGUCUUCUUCACUAAUUAAACCGUUGCCGACUGAAGAAUCGGAUCUUACGGCGCCGACGUGGCACCGGGGCUUCACACGGAAGGCCCGGACACCGCGGAACGGAAAGAACCACGUGACCCACCCGAAGCUGCAGAAGAAUCAGUCACGUGACCACCACCACCACCACCAACAAUUCGAUCCUCUCGUACCGGAGAUCUGCAGCGACGAGACCUCGCAUGAAGAGAAUGAGGACCAGCUUCUUUAUAGGGUUCCGAUUUUCGACCCCUUUGUGGCCGAGCUUUGCACUGCAAACUCGGCGAAUUCCAAUGGAUUGAUCGAGUCGAAAGCGGUUUCACCGUCGGUCAACGAUUGCGGCGGUGCUCAUGAAGUUGAGAAUACUAAUAUGCAACAGUUUCUUCCGACGGAAAUGGACCUCGCGGAGUUUGCGGCCGACGUUGAUAGCUUGCUAGGCCGAGGGCUUGAGAAUGAGUGUUUCGGCAUUGAAGGCUUAGGGUUUGUGGACUGCGAAGAGAAGGAAAUGGGAAGAUUGGUGAAGGUCAAAGAAGAGGAAGAAGAAGAUGAAGGUAAAGAUUUGAAGGGUUGUAGCUGGGUUGAGACAUCAUCGACGGAUAUUGAUAUGAUGAGACCGGAACCGCUCGAGCUGAAUUUUGAGGACUAUGAGGAUUCUCCGGCGUUGUGCGACGAGGAGGAAGAUCAGAAGGUAGCAUUGGUAGAGGCCGACAAGGCGGUGGCAGAGGCGGAGACGAAAAAUGAUGAAGAUGAGGAGAAGAAGGGCAAGAAGAAGAAGAAGAAAAAGAAAAUACUAUUGAGGUUGGAUUACGAGGCAGUGAUUACGGCCUGGGCGAGCCAAGGGUCACCGUGGACCACCGGUGACCGGCCCGAUUUCGACCCCGAUGCCUGCUGGCCUGACUGCAUGGGUACAUAUUAUCCAACACAACUCCAUCAUCAUCAAUAUAUGGAUUUGAGUGGAGUUGAGUUAAACCCAGCAAUAUUGGCCGAUGGAGGGAGAGAGGCAAGAGUGUCGAGGUACAGGGAAAAGAGGAGAACUCGUUUGUUCUCGAAGAAAAUAAGGUACGAGGUUCGCAAAUUGAAUGCCGAGAAGAGACCUAGGAUGAAAGGAAGAUUUGUCAACCGAGCUUCUUUUGCAGGACCUACUUUUCCAGCCAUGCUUAUAACUAAAUAGUUAACUUCUUUUGCAGGACCUACUUCUAUAAUAUCCCCAAUUUUGCUUUCAGUUCUAAACUUUUCAAUUUCGUGUAUACAUAUCAACUGAAUCAAAUAAAAUUUUUGUCUGAGCUAAGAAGCUUAUUAUGUACUAUAUGUUCCUUUAC